AUGAGUCUCCUCAAGGAGCGGAAACCAAAAAAACCGCAUUACAUUCCCCGGCCUCCAGGAAAGCCCUUCAAGUACAAGUGCUUCCAGUGCCCCUUCACCUGCAAUGAGAAGUCACACCUCUUCAACCAUAUGAAGUACGGGCUCUGCAAAAACUCCAUCACUUUGGUAUCAGAGCAAGAUCGCAUCCCCAAGUGCCCCAAGUCCAACUCUCUGGACCCUAAGCAAACCCAUCAGCAGGACCCUACCACAAAGCCCACCUCCUCCAAGUCCGUCACAAACAGGCUUCCCCAUUUGGAUGCCAAGCUUCCACUCAGCCUCGCCAAGGAUGAUGCCAAGGAAAAUCUAGAACUGCAGGUGCGUGGGCCCCACAAGGGCCCUGGACAGAAGCCUGCUCUCCACAAAGAAGCAGAGCACCGGGGUCCAGGCCCAGAAGCCACCACGGGCACCCCGCCUGCGUUAGAAGGUGUCGUGCGGCCGUCAGCCUUUGUCCCUGUGGGAGAGCACAGACUCAAAGGGCCGGAACACGCUGAGGCGCCCGAGGCACUGGCACUGCCCAGCCCCACAGCCAAGGCCACCACUUUCCAUACCAAGUCUGCGUUCCACGCCCCUGCCUACCCAUGGAAAGCUGGUUCGCCUUUCCUCCCACCCGAAUUCCCACACAAAAUCCCAUCUACAAAGGGGUUUGGUGCCCUUUCCCCUUAUGUGCACCCCACAAUCCCUGAGUACUCACCCCAUUUUUACACGGAGCACGGACUGGCCACCAUCUACUCAUCCUACCGCCUAGCUGGGAGCUCACCCGAGUGUGACACCCCCCUGCUGUCUAUCUAUGGGACCCAGGACCAAAGACACUUCCUGCCUCACCCGGGGCCGGUGCCCAAGCACUUGUACCCAUCUCCCUCGACAUAUGACCACCACAGGUUUUUCCAGCAGUACCACCCCAAUCUGCCAAUUCCUUAUGGAUUUUAUAGGCCAGAGUCUGCAUUUUCCUCCUAUGGUCUCAGACUCCCACCCAUUGCUGGUAUUUCACAAGAUCAAAGCUCGCACCUCCUGGAAGAAGCCAGUCUAGUCUACCCAGCCUUGAGUCCAUCCAAGUUAAACCCUUCCAACUCCCACAAAAAACACACAGAGUUUGAGAAAAAGAGUCCGACUCCCGAGGCUGAAGACCCUUCCAGAGACAAGCAGAGGGACACGGAAGGGACCAAGAUGAGCCCACGUGCAGGCAGUGCGGCCACUGGCUCCCCGGGAAGGCCAAGUCCUACCAACUUCACACAGACAAGCCAGCCAUGUGCUGGGUUGGGCGACCUCUCCGACAAGCCUGCCACGAAUGCCCUGGGAAGGCACCAGCAACCCGAACAGAGCCUCACGGCCUUCAAGCCCAUCAAGAAAAGCCCCGAGGGCCCCUAUUCCCAGGCUCCGGAAAACAGAGAUGACUCUCCAAAAAGCCUCAAAGUCAUGGACAUUGAUGCUCCAGCGCAGACAGGAAGCACCUCUCACGCCACUGAGGCCAUGCCCCCCAGCCAAGAGGAUGGCUCGAGGAUAGUCCCACUGAACCUCUCCAAGAAACCGGAGAGCAAACCAGCAGCUGCUCAUGACCCAGUGUACAAAGACUUCCUGCAGGACGUGCCUCUUAACCUCUCAGUGAAGGACCCUUGCAAUGCCCUGACUCCCAGGCCUUCCUUCCACAGCCCACCGCGAGAGGCAAAAUCUGCUGCUGCUGCUGCUGCUGCUGCUGCUGCUCAGAAGGCUGAACGGGAAGGUUCCAGGGAUGAGCCAGGACACACUGAGACAAACCAAAACGGCCUGGGCUCUGAUGAGGUUCCAGUGACCACCCCCACUGGGAAGGCCCAGGAUGCACGGGCAGUGGACAGCAGUGACGAGCAGAAGCAGACGGCGGCUGUGGCCCUCUGCCAACUGGCAGCCUACAGCCCAGGCACAGUCCGGGUGGGCGACGGGGAGCCCUUGGCCCAGGAGUCCGCCUGCCAACAAGACACACCCGCUCUCAGUGCCACAAUGAGCCAGGAGCCUCAGAGUGACCUUAGACCCAAAGGGCAGAAGAGGACAAGCCCACGGGAUACAGGGAAGUCCCAGCAGGGAGCUAAGAAGACGAAGCUGAGCGACACGGCCAGAGUGCUCACCCUCCGGAAGAGGACUCGAGUGUCCUAG